GCCUUCCCGCCCCUCCACCUUCUCCCACCUUGGCCCCGGGGCCCACCUGUCCCUGGCCCCUCGCCCUCAGCCCCCACCCCCCGCGCGCCCCUGAGCCCUGAGCCCGCGGGAGCCGGGCAUCCGCAGAGGCAGGGAAACUUCUGCGGGCGCGGGCGCGGGCGCGGUCGCGGCGCCGCGGAUCCAGGCUCCGGCCGGCGCCCGCGAUGGGCUGCUCCAGCAGCGCCCUCGGCAAGGCUGGCGACGGCAGCAGGCUCCGCAGCGCAACUUCAAACGAAUGUUUUUCUACUGCAGAAGAAAGCGAGUCCUGCACCGCCCAACCCAAACCAUGUUCGGGGGGCAGAGAACCUGCUUUCUGCAGCAACGUGCAGAGGGGGAACCUCCCCCCAGCAGAGAAGCCCAAGGCCUCGGUGAUGCCCACGGCGAAUGGGGUCCGAUCCCGCGGUUCCCAGCCCCCAGCGGAGGACGGAGCACCCACAAAGGACGCUGGAGAGCUGUCAGGACCCACAGGGGAGACGGGGCUUCCAGAAGGCCCCGAGGAACGUCCUCCAGGCGGCAAAGGCGACGAUGCUCCAGGAAGAGAGGCAACUGUGAAAGACGUGGAACCGGCGCUGGAGGUUCGGUCCUCAAAGGAAAAGGAGCCUGCUGGCACAGCAGGAGCGAGGGACGGCCCAGGAGCAGGCGAAGGUGCUGAGAAUCCACAAGCACAAGCUAUGGGACUGAGGACACCCGCAGCGACAGCGGGAAGCAGCCCACCUCUGGAAACAGCUGGAGAACCGCACUCUCGAGAGGCAGCAGCAGAAGACGCACAGCCCGGGCCUCCAGGGUCCACCCCGCGGGAGAACAGAGCUCCAGGAGCGCCCGCAGGAAGCCAGGGGGUGCAGGCCGCGGGAGCGCAGCGACUUCCGGAAGCCGCGGGGAGAGAAGCGCAGGUGCAGGCCCGCCUCGCAGAAGCAAUGCCCGAAGGAAACGAAGAGCUGGCGCUGCCGGAAGAAAGUCUGUUUGCGGCAACUGCUGAAGAGCCGCAGCUGCAACGCACAUCAGGCGAGGCCGCGCAGCCUCAGCCUCUACAGAUAAUCCCCAAAGAGGACGCAGCGCCAGAUGUGCAGGACAGAAGUCUGCCUGCCCUAACCCCAGCGAUGACUGAUCCAGUCCGCACAGCUUCCCAAGAUCCCGGAAUCCCGAAGCAGGGUCAGCCUGAAGGAACAGCCGGAGGCGUGGAGCGCCCGGCGGAAAUCACAGCGACGGCGGUGAGCGCGGAAGUAGCCGGGGAAGGUCCCAGCGCCGAAGGGGAGCACCGCGCCGAAGGGGAGCACCGCGCCGAAGGGGAGCAC